CUGUGUAGUAGUAUUUGUUGCGACAUAAUUUUGUCAUAAACUUAUUUUCGACAUAAAAAAUGACAAUCUUCCGAAAGGGGAAAUUGAAAAAAAAAUGGGUUAAAAAAAAAAGAAAUUAUAGGGAGGAGGAGGAUCUGGAUUAUUAAGAUUUAUGCUACUGAUAAUUAUACAAAGUCAGAACUAAUAAUUAGAAUGAUCCAAAGACUUUAAUGAUAACCAACCCACUAUAAGAAGACAAACAACCAUCACAAUGUCACGAAAAUUACGAUCGUCUCAAACAUCAUCAUCUCAAGAGUCCGAUCUUUCAUCUAUAAAUGAUACUAAUUUGGUUACGAUUCAAAGAGAAAAUAUACCAUCCUUGAAAGUUUCGAUUAAAUUACAACCUUCUAUACUUAAAUUCAUAAGUCUAAAGAAUGAAUUCGAUAGUUUGGUACGGUCAAGUCAAACUCCAACUGAUUUAAGAGAUAUAGAUUUACAGAAGUAUGAUCAUUCAAAUCUAACCCCAAAGACAAUCAAUGUAAAUAAUAAUAAGAAUGAGGACUUGGGAAACGAUUAUGAUGAUUCUGAUGAUGAUACAGUGGUGAUACAUAAUCAAAAUUCCAUCCCUAAGAUUUCCAAGGAUAUAGAUGAAGAAGAAGCUGAUGAAAUCUCGGAAGAUCCUUUCUCUUCAGAUGAUGAAAUGUAUUUAAUGGAAAGUCAAAUCAACAAAGCAUUAUCUUCCAAAGUAUCACUCUCAACUCCAUCAACUGAUCCGAAACCUAUUGCCACUUCAACCCAAUCAACUACAAAGAUACCUUCUCAACUACCAUCAUCUCCAGUUAAAAAGCCAGUACUGCAGGGUCCUGAAUUGUCCGGAUACAAACCAGUACCGUCAAACAUAGCUCCAAUACUACAAUACGAGCUAAACAAGUUAAACUCCUUUGAUGAUGCUACACAGAGUCAAAACCCAGAUGAAAUUAUGGUGGCGGAGAAAUUAAUAUUUUCAUUAAAGGAUCCAUUAAGUGCAACUAAGAUUAAACUACCCGUAAAAUCUAGUUCAUGUAUACAUUUCGAAUGUUUCGAUUUUGAAACAUUCUGCUUGUUUAAUAAAAUCUCAAGUCAAGUUCAAAGUGUUUUAAAACAUGAUUUAUCAAGAAAGAACUUUUUAAUGAAAAAGGAACAAUCUAAUCUUAAUAAGAAUAAGAUCAAUACUACUCCUACCACAAACACAAACACAACCACAUCCAAUACCCCAUUACAAUUACCAACUCCACCACAAGUUCAACGACAGCAUCAUCCUGUACCGCCCAAUCGUGGCCAAUCUCAAAAUAAUAAUCAAUUCAAUUACAAUAAUAAUAUAAACUUUAAUAAUAACAAUAACAUUGAUUACGUUCGAGUGAUUGAAAAUCCAAUGCCUCAAUACUUGCCAUUUAUAACUACAAAUACUUUCGAACUGUACUCUACUAGAGUCAAUCAUCCUCCAAAUACAGUUUAUCCCUAUUAUCAUCCAGUACCACCUCCACCUCCACCCCCUCCUCAUAAACCAUUUAAAUGUCCAUUAUGUGAUACUAAAUUCUCGUUACCAGAACUAUCCAUUAGUGAUAGUUAUAAUUAUUUCGUCAAGUCUACUCCGAAAGAUACAGAAAGAAUUGAAUUGUUUGAAAUGAGGUUAUACCGAAUAUUAGAUGACUCUAAUAGUAAUUCUUAUAGUAAAAGAGGAAGUUCAGAAGUAGUCGAGGAAGAGAUAAUUAUACUAUCUGAUGAUGAUGAUGAUCAAGAAGAAGCGCAAGUAACUCCUAGUAAAAGUAAACAUAAGUCAUCUUCAAAAUCCAAAACUAAUAAAAAUCAAGAUUAUGUUAAGACUGAAAGGAGACAACCACAAGAAUUUAAUGAAGAUAUACCGCUCAAGGAUCUAUAUACUCAAAGCUUUAAUGAGCUUGAUGAUGGUUUAGAUGAUGAAUUAUUAUCAAUUGGUAUUUUUACGGCAUAUCGACCAAAUCUAAGCGCCAAAAAAAGCGACAAUUACUCUUCCGGUAAGGGUGAAGGAAGCUUUGAUGAUCCAGUAACUUUGGACUAAUAAGAUCAUAUAGAUGUUUAUAGGAAUGUUUAAUAUAUAAAAAAUUAAAACAGCUGACCUAUAUUUCAUGUACUUAUACUUUCCCGAUUAGUAAUAAUUGGUUUUGCAAUUUUUGGGGUAAUUUUAGCGGUUCCAGAUCAAAAUUUUUUCCAUAUAAGUUUACAGCUACAAUCUUAG